CACACACUGURCCCAGAUUCACUUCUGCCAAUGAUGCAGGGAGGAAUGUCAACCAGCCUCGACACCGGUGGCUUUGGGUUGUCRCAGGCAGACGGAAMGKCAUAAUCCAAUUAGCAGCACUAGUUGAGUUCGCUAACCCAACUAGCUAGCCUGGCCAACAACCGACUGCACUGCUAACUAAACUGAACGUGUGAGUGUUUUGUCAUUUUUGAGUCACCAGUGAACAAGUCAAGGAGAGAAGCAACAACCCAAAGAGGGAAACCUUUCAGGUUAUCAACAACAUCAUUGGUCAUCUAAUGGCAGGAAGGAUGCUGACGCUACGCCGGAUGCUAGGGAGCACAGGUGCGCACUCGGCCGCGGCGCAGCAGUGCGUCUCGCCUCAUCUGGCCCAGCGCUACGGCACCGCAGCAAAGCAACAGGAGAAUCUAAAGAAGACAAAAUUUGGGCCCUUGAGUGAUCAAGACCGGAUUUUCACAAACUUGUAUGGCCGCCAUGACUGGAGUCUGAAGGGUGCUCUGCGUCGGGGGUGGUAUAAGACUAAAGAGAUCCUCCUGAAGGGGACAGACUGGAUCCUGAAUGAGGUCAAGGUGUCUGGUCUGAGAGGGAGAGGAGGAGCUGGCUUCCCCACCGGCAUGAAGUGCUUCAUGAACAAACCCAGCGACGGCAGACCUAAGUACCUGGUAGUGAAUGCAGAUGAAGGAGAGCCAGGGACGUGUAAGGACAGAGAGAUCAUGCGUCACGACCCUCACAAGCGGUGGAGGCUGCUGGUGGCUGAGGCCAUGGGAGCCCACGCCGCUUACAUCUACAUCAGAGGAGAGUUCUACAACGAUUUGUGAUGCGGGGGGCGGGAGCCUACAUCUGUGGGGAGGAGACGGCCCUCAUCGAGUCCCUGGAGGGCAAGCAGGGGAAACCCAGACUCAAACCACCCUUCCCCGCUGACAUAGGGGUGUUCGGAUGCCCAACAACAGUUGCUAAUGUGGAGACGGUUGCCGUGGCGCCUGCUAUCUGUCGUCGAGGUGGAGCCUGGGUUGUGAGCUUCGGGAGAGAGAGGAAUGCUGGGACAAAGCUGUUCAACAUCUCUGGUCACGUAAACACUCCGUGCACAGUAGAGGAAGAGAUGUCCAUUCCUCUCAGAGAACUCAUAGACAGACACGCAGGAGGUGUGAGRGGCGGCUGGGACAACCUACUGGGAGUGAUCCCUGGAGGCUCCUCCACACCCAUUAUCCCUCGCUCUGUGUGUGAUGAUGUCAUGAUGGAUUUUGAUGACCUCGUCCGCGCAGAGUCCGCUCUGGGCACCGUCAUCGUCAUGGACAAAUCUACUGAUGUAAUCAGAGCCAUCGCCCGUCUGGUUGAGUUCUAUAAACAUGAGAGCUGUGGCCAGUGCACCCCCUGCAGGGAAGGAGUGGACUGGAUGGAUAAGAUGAUGUGGCGGUUUGUGCGUGGUGCAGACCCACAUUGA